AUGGCUGCCCUAGCCAGACGUUAUCGGAGUCAAGAGACCCUAGGUCUCGCAUUCAAAGAGUUCUCAACGGCAUUGGAACAAACCAAUGCGAGACUUGCUGACCCAGCCACGGCAACGCUAAAUGCCACCCUUGGUGCUGUGUUUACCUUAGGUCUCUUCGAAUCAAUCUCCACUGGUCAAGAGAACAUCAAUAGCUGGGCAGCUCAUACUCUUGGAACUAUUGCACUGUUACGUUUACGGGGACUUCAACAAUUCGGAGACAUCCUCAGUCGACGUAUACAUAUCCAUGCUGCCUACAACAUCCGUAUUAGCUGCAUUAAUCGUGCUGUUGAAGUUCCUCAAGAUCUUAUUCAACUGGAGGAAGACUUUUAUGAGGCAUUCAAUUUCCCUCAGGCUGUUCGAGACCACUAUUCAAUCAUGAACAGAACUUGUAGUAUCAAUGCCGAGUUCAAAAAUGGGCUGACUACUGAACUCAUCUACGGAGCUAUAGAAGCCAAGCGUGACACAGACCUGUUCAUCCAAGGGUUCAGCCCAUCAGCGACUCUGGCCAACACCGUUAUGCUUCACUGCGUAACGGGCGUUCCCCCUUUGGCAAUGAUGGCUCGGUGGUUAUUUGGAAUGUCAAUGCUUCGAUUGGUGCUGAACGAGAUUGUUUUGAGCGGUGGACCAAUGCACGACGGGUUUUUGCUUUCGCGCCCAAGCUCAUAG